GGGAUGGGGUCUGUAGGUGUUGGCAAUCCAGGUAGCUGCAGCUGAGAGAAGGGGCCUCCCCUACAUGGCAUCCAACUGCCCACCUGCCUCCAACAAGAGCUGCCCCCGGGCCUCCUCUGUCUGCUCCAGCGGCAUGAACUGCCGGCCCGAGCUGUGCCUGGGCUACGUCUGCCAGCCCAUGCCUUGCGUGCCUUCCGUCUGCCUGCCCACCACCUACCGGCCGGCCAGCUGCCUCUCCAAGACCUACCUCUCCAGCUCCUGCCGACCCAGCAGCUGCCGGCCCGCCGCUGGCAUCUCCAGCACAAUGGGGACCUGCAGCUGGCUCUGUGAAGGGACCUUCAAUGGCAGCGAGAAGGAGACCAUGCAGUUCCUAAAUGACCGGCUGGCCAACUACCUGGAGAAGGUUCGGCAGCUGGAGCAGGAGAACGCCAGCCUGGAGAGCAAGAUCCAAGAGGCCUGCCAGUCUCCAGUGCCCACCAUGUGUCCUGACUACCAGUCGUACUUCAGGACCAUUGAGGAGCUGCAGCAGAAGGUUCUGUGCACCAAGGCAGACAACGCCAGGAUGGUGGUGCACAUCGAUAACGCCAAGCUGGCUGCCGACGACUUCAGGACCAAGUACGAGACGGAGCUGGCCCUGCGGCAGCUGGUGGAGGCCGACACCAACGGCCUGCGCAGGAUCCUGGACGAGCUGACCCUGUGCAAGGCCAACCUGGAGGCCCAGGUGGAGUCCCUGAAGGAGGAGCUGCUCUGCCUCAAGAAGAACCAUGAGGAGGAAGUCGGCACCCUCCGAUGCCAGCUUGGGGACCGCCUUAACAUUGAGGUGGACGCUGCGCCCCCUGUGGACCUGAACAGGAUGCUGGAAGAGAUGCGGUGUCAGUACGAGACGGUGGUGGAGACCAACCGCAGGGACGUGGAGGAGUGGUUCAACACGCAGAUGGAGGAGCUGAACCAGCAGGUGGCCACCAGCUCUGAGCAGCUUCAGACCUACCAGUCGGACAUCAUUGAUCUGAGGCGAACAGUCAACACACUGGAGAUCGAGCUGCAGGCCCAGCACAGCCUGAGGGACUCCCUGGAGAACAUGCUGACGGAGACCGAGGCCCGCUACAGCUCGCAGCUGGCCCAGAUACAGUGCCUGAUCACCAACGUGGAGGCCCAGCUGGCCGAGAUCCGCUGCGACCUGGAGCGGCAGAACCAGGAGUACCAGGUGCUGCUGGACGUCCGGGCCCGGCUGGAGUGUGAGAUCAACACGUACCGGGGGCUGCUGGAGAGCGAGGACUGCAAGCUGCCCUGUAACCCGUGCUCCACUCCCUCGUGUCCCCCCUGUGUGCCCUCCCCCAGUGUGCCCCGCACCGUCUGUGUGCCCCACACUGUCUGUGUGCCUUGCGUGCCCUGCCCCCCGGGCCGCUACUGAAGCCCCUCAGUGCUGGUGGAUGGAUCCUGGAAGGACCAGAGCUGGACAGCCGGUGCCUCUGCAAGUCGAGCCUGACCUGGGUUCGGUGGCCACCAAGAGAGCCGGGCCAACAAGGAAGACUGAGCAGUGCCAGGUGGGCCGUCUGUCCGAAAGGCGCUCUGAUACUGCAGGGGGCGCCCUGGCCCCCAUCUCUUAGUAACAGCCUCUCCACAGGCUAAUUUGCUGAUGUUUCUAGUUCUCUGCUGCCUCAAGAGCCUGUGUCCUUAGUCAACUGGCAAAUAAAGCCUCAU